AACCCACAUCGGAACCUUCUCUCUACUAUGAGAAAUUUUCUCCACAAACACCAUAAAUCCACAUCUUCAGGUCAUGUCAAGUUUGUUAUAUCAGAACGAAAUAAAAGAUAAAACUGAACUGAUUGCACGAGUGAAUGCCAAUUUCUAUCAUUGUUGUGGAGAAGACCCUACAGAUAAUUAUUUUUCUGUGAUCGGUCAAAGUGAAAGGUUUCUCAACCGGCGUGUCCAGCGAAAUUUGUGCAACUUCUUCGAAAAACAAAAUAGUCCGGGACCAUGACCAUUGCCGUUCUGCUGCGAAGAUUUUCGACCGAAGUUGGUCGUUUUGCCAAGCAAGCGAGCCAUCCCAAUGUAGGCCUUUUCAACCACUUGAAAGGGAUCAGCGUGGUCAAUGGAGACCUGAAGAGCCUGAGUGGGAAGGUGCGGGCCUACGUUGAACAAAACAUCGAUUUGUGUCAGCCCGAGAAAAUCCACAUUUGCGAUGGAACGGACCACGAAAACAGCCACCUUCUCAGCCUGUUGCAGCAGCAGGGGACCAUCGUGCCCUUGCCCAAGUACCAGAACUGCUGGCUGGCCCGAACCAACCCAGCCGACACUGCCCGUGUCGAGUCCAAAACCUUCAUCUCGACCGAAAGAAGGGCCGAAACCAUUCCGACCACCAGAGAAGGCAUCAAGGGCCAACUAGGAAACUGGAUGUCUCCGCGUGAUAUGGACGCCGCCAUUUCCAAUCGCUUCACGGGAUGCAUGAAGGGUCGUACCAUGUACGUGGUCCCGUUUUCAAUGGGUCCUGUCCAUUCUCCCUUGGCCAAAAUCGGCAUACAGUUGACAGACUCAGCCUACGUGGUAGUUUCCAUGAGGAUAAUGACCCGGAUGGGACAAACGGUCUUAGAAAAGUUAGCCGACGGUACGGACUUCGUCAAAUGUUUGCACUCUGUAGGAACCCCAGCCAACGGGUUCGUGGAAAUGGCGAGCUGGCCGUGCGAUCCAGAAAGGACCAUCAUUUUGCACAGACCGAAGAACAACGAGAUCGUCUCGUACGGGAGCGGAUACGGUGGAAAUUCUCUUUUGGGGAAGAAGUGCUUCGCUCUUAGGAUUGGCUCCACCAUCGCCAAGAAAGAAGGAUGGUUGGCCGAGCACAUGCUGAUCCUCGGUGUGACCAACCCCGCCGGACAGAAACGCUACAUCGCCGCCGCCUUCCCCUCGGCCUGCGGCAAGACCAACCUAGCUAUGAUGACGCCGUCCCUCCCCGGCUACAAGGUGGAGUGCGUCGGUGACGACAUCGCCUGGAUGCGUUUCGACAAAUCGGGCCAGCUGCGGGCCAUCAAUCCCGAAAACGGCUUCUUCGGCGUGGCGCCCGGCACCUCCAACUCCAGCAACCCCAUCGCCAUGAAGACCAUCUUCCAGAACACCCUCUUCACUAACGUAGCCACCACCAGCGACGGCGGCGUCUUCUGGGAGGGCAUGGAGUCUGAAAUUUCCCCCGACGUUAAGAUCACCGACUGGCACGGCAAGCCUUGGGUGCGCGGAGAAAGCAAGACCCCCGCCGCCCAUCCCAACUCCCGGUUCUGUACCCCCGCGGCGCAGUGCCCCAUCAUUGACCCCCAGUGGGAGGACCCGGAGGGGGUCCCCAUCUCGGCUAUCUUGUUCGGGGGACGGCGCCCGGCGGGAGUCCCGCUGGUGUACGAAGCGCGCGACUGGAAGCACGGGGUGUUCGUGGGGGCGGCGAUGCGGAGCGAGGCCACAGCGGCGGCCGAACACAAGGGAAAGGUGAUCAUGCACGACCCCUUCGCCAUGAGGCCGUUCUUCGGGUACAACUUCGGACACUACUUGGAGCACUGGUUAAGCAUGGAGGGUAGGACGCAGAAUCUGCCGAAGAUCUUCCACGUGAACUGGUUCAGGAAGGACAGCGAAGGCAAGUUCCUGUGGCCCGGGUUUGGGGAAAAUGCAAGGGUUUUGGACUGGAUUUUGAGGAGGCUGGACGGAGAGGACUGCGCGAAGGAGACUGCGAUCGGGCUGGUGCCCCAGAAGGGGGCGCUGAAUUUGGAAGGACUGAAGGAAAAGGUGAACGUGGAUGAGAUGUUCAGGCUGCCGAAAGAUUUCUGGAUGGAGGAGGUGUAUGCGAUCGAGAAGUAUUUUAAUGAGCAGGUGGGGAUGGAUCUGCCGGAGGCGAUACAGAUGCAGUUGAAGCAGCUGAAGAAGAGAGUUAAUGACAUGUAGAUUUUAGUCUCAAUUCGAUUUUAUUUUUUAAGUGUGUUUACUGGAUGUAUUUUUGUAUUAAUUUAUAUGAUAAGUCUUAAAUAUUUUUAUAAGAUCUUAUGACUAGGGUAAGUUUUUAUUCUGUAUUUUGUACAUAAUAAAUAUGAAGCUGUAAA